GCUCCGCUCCCACUGCCCCGCCCGCCUCCGCCUCCGCCAUGGCCGCACCCGGCGCCGGCGCUGGCGGCCGGCGCGCCUCCGCCGCGGCGGCGGAGUCCAACGAGAACGACGACCUCGCCGCCGCGCCCUCGUACUCCGCCUCCUCCUCCGCGUUCGCCCACGGCCCCGCCCCGCAUUUCUCGCUGCCACCGAGGUCGCCGCUCGCGGCCAUCGCGGAUCCCGGAAGGAACCCACGGUCCGCGCCGGCGACGCCGAAGUCGCUGGCCGGCACGCCCAGGGCCUGCGCGGCGGGGUCGGGGGCCAGGGAUCGGACCUCGUCGAUUGGGGCGGCGAGGAGGGUGUUCGAUCUGAGGGAUCUGGCGGCCGCGGAGGUGCCGCACUUCGAGCUCGACGAUGACUCCGCCUUCUGGAAGGAUCGCAAUGUGCAGGUGUUGAUACGGAUAAGACCAAUUAGUGAUACCGAGAAUGCCGCGCAUGGUCAAAAAAGAUGUCUGAUGCAGGAUAGCGCGAAGACAUUGAGCUGGACAGGACAUCCCGAAACAAUGUUCUCGUUCGAUCAUGUUGCAUGUGAAACAAUAUCACAGGAAAAACUGUUCAGAGUUGUGGGUCUGCCAAUGGUGGAGAACUGCAUGUCUGGAUACAAUGGCUGUUUGUUUGCCUAUGGUCAGACAGGAAGUGGGAAAACUUACACAAUGAUGGGAGAGCUUACCAAGUUGGGCAAUGAACUUAGUAAGGACUCUGGCCUGACACCUCGCAUUUUCGAAUAUCUUUUUGCACGGAUAAAUGAGGAAGAAGAGCGUGGGAGAGAAGAUAAUCUUAAAUAUAUCUGCAAAUGCUCUUUUCUGGAGAUAUACAAUGAACAAAUAACUGAUCUGCUUGAACCAUCAUCAACCAAUCUUCAGAUACGCGAAGAUAUAAAGAAAGGUGUAUAUGUUGAAAAUCUUAUGGAAUGUUAUGUGUCAUCUGUUAAAGAUGUUAUGUUGCUAUUGCUACAGGGGGUUGCAAACAGGAAAAUGGUUGCCACAAAUAUGAAUAGCGAGAGCAGCCGUUCACAUUGUGUCUUUACUUGUGUAAUUGAGAGUCAUUGGGAAAGUGAUUCGAUGACACAUCUCCGCUUUGGGAGGUUGAAUUUGGUUGAUCUUGCCGGUUCUGAGAGGCAGAAAAGCUCAGGUGCUGAAGGAGAACGCUUGAAAGAAGCUACAAACAUCAAUAGAUCGUUGUCAACCCUUGGGCUUGUUAUCAUGACUCUAGUGGAAGUUGCAAAUGGGAAAAGCCGUCACGUUCCCUACAGAGAUUCAAGACUGACAUUUCUCCUCCAGGAUUCCCUAGGAGGAAACUCUAAAACAACAAUUGUUGCCAGCAUCAUCCCAUCUAUUUGUUCCUCCAAUGAAACAUUGAGUACCUUGAAGUUUGCUCAACGUGCGAAGCUGAUUCAAAAUAAUGCAAAAGUAAAUGAAGAUGCUUCAGGAGAUCUUAUGGCUUUACAAAGGCAGAUAGAGGAACUAAAGGAUCAACUGACAUGCUUGAAGAAGCAACAAAAUUGUCAUGGAUCUCCUAGCUUCCAGCUGAUUAAUUCAGGCUUUGCCAACGAAUUCAAAACUUUGUGUGGAAUAGAUGAUCAACCAGACUGUGAUCUGUAUAUCCUAAAGCAAAAGGUUAGCCAUCUAGAAGAUGUUUUGGUUGGGAGCCUCAGGAGAGAGAAAUCAGCAGAUACCAAGAUCGGGAAGCUGGAAGCUGAAAUAAAGCAUUUGAACCGUUUGGUUGACCUGAUGGAAUCUGACACGCAACGCUUGAGAAGGAGGCUCGAACUCCGUGAUGAAGAACAAAGAAGACAACAUUUGAUGGAUGAAAAUACUGCACUGUCCCAAGAGAUUCAGCUGUUGCAAGAUCAAAUCAAUGAAAAUCCUCAAUUGACUCAUUUUGCUUUGGAAAACAAGAGAUUAAUUGAGGAACUUAGAACGCUUCAGAACUUCCACAAGCAAGGGGAAAGAGAGAUGUUAUUAACAGAGAUAUCUCUUUUGCGCAAUCAUUUCCUUCAUAUUCUUGGGCAGAAAUAUGCAACAACUCCUAAAAAUAUAGAAGCUCAGGGUGAUGAAAUCAUCAAGGAUCUUGACAAUUGCAGGAAGGAGCUAGAUGCAUGCUUAGAGAAUAAUGUUCUGUUAUCUCGUGAAGUAAAUAAGCUGCGCUGUGAACUGAUACAAUACCAGAAAUCUAGCAUAAAUCAAGUUGGUCCCGAGGCAAAGGAAAAUGUUCUGGUUACAAGCAUCAAUCCGAUGCAACAUGAUCAAGCUGGACAGACUUUUUCAUAUUUAUCAUCAGAUGAUGUGGACAAACAGUUCAUGCAAGCAGGGACCACAACUAGUAUUACAGAAUCAUUUCAACUUGACUUACCUUAUGAAAUUGAUAGUGAAUAUAUGGAGUCUCCUUAUCAUUUGCAUGAUCCAGAAACACAUGAUUUCAAGGAUCCUACAACUGUGUCAGAUGAUGAACUUGACAGAUGCACUAUUCUGAAUGGGUUGAAUUUUCUGGAGAAGGAUGGAAUAAGUCAUGUCCAUGAAAAGGCUCCAAUGAUGGAUAUACAUUUGCAUGGAGAGAUUUUAUCGUGCCAUCAAGAGAUUGAAAUAAUGAACUCAAGUAAACAUUUAUCACAGGAUGCGUUGGAACAAGUUAAAAUCAUAAAUCAAGAGCUCAGACAGAAGCUAGUCAUUAUGGCUGAAGAAGGUAACAAGCUUUCAGAGAUUAUUGUUGCAAAAGAUGUAGAAAUUGCUUCUUUGUCUCAGGAAUGGGAGGCUGCAAUGUUUGAUCUAACAAGCUUCUUAACAGAUGGAUGCAGAUCGUUAGAUGAUGCAUAUCAGAAUGUUGAUAAUAUGAUUAGCUCAUUUCCUCACAGUAAUAGUUCUGUCAAUGAACAUGUGGAGAAGGCUAUGAAAAUUAGCAUUGAGAAGGAAAAGGUUAUAUUCAAACUUCAAAUUGAACUACAAGAUGCACAGAAAAUUGGCAAGGAAGCGAAAGAAAAGUUGCACAUUUUGAGAGGUGCAGCUCUUGCUAUAACUGAAGCUCAGCAGUUAGAUAAUGAAGAAAGUUUUCAGGAAGCAUUACAACUAGUAGGUUUAUUGCACCAAAAGGACUGUAUAAUACAAGAAUUAGAGAACAAUUUGAAAGAGGAAAAAAGCCUCUAUGCAGAAACAGAAGGACAUCCUUGUGAUGACCUAUUACCUGAUAGUCAACUGACAAUUGCGGAACAACGUCAUGAUGAAAAUGGACCAACAGUCAGUCAAGCUAAUCCAUAUUACCAGUCAAAGCUCGAUAGUGUCUUGCAGCUUGUCGAAGACAAAUCAAAUAAGGUUCUGACGUUAUUUUCAAAUUUUGAGGAGGCUCAAGAAACCAUGGAAGAAGCUGAACUUAUGCUUUCAGCUUUGUUGAAGGCCAACGAAGAAUUAAUACUUGAAAGAGAUAAUGGCAGGCAAGCGGUGGAAUUGUUGUUGUCUGAGAAAACGUCUCUGAUCAAUGAGUUGAAGGAACUUGAAGCAUCAAAUUCUUGUACAUCACGGAGGUAUGACAAAUUGCAUCAACAGAUAAAUGAUUGUGUUGUAGAGAUGGCAAAGCUUGCUGGUCUAAUAAGGGGGUUGUUUCAGCAAAUACAAAGUGUCACUACAGUGGAACUCUUUGCUCUUUGCUCCGAGAUUAUUAAUUUUGUGCAAGACUUGAAGAGAUGUAUAAGUGAAUCAAGGUCUUAUCUAGUGAGCAUGGUAUCACUUGUAGAAGAAAAAGGCAGAUAUUCUGCCGAGCAGUUCCAUCACCUCAAUGCAAAUGAUCCUGGGUUUGCUUGUCAACAAGUUGAGUCACACUCAUGCCAGUGGGGUAGCAGAGAAGCUGAUAUCAGUGACAGCACUCAAGCAAUUCAAGAAACCAGCAGCAAUCAUAUGAUUGACAUGGCUGAAAAAGGAACAGAAAUGCCAUCCGUGGGUGUACUUUCAAUAGGCAGGGGUGCAAAUCUGGAAGAUAGCAACAAGAUCAGUAUGCACGAUAUGACUGUUGUCAACAACAUAGUUUCCAGUAUUGCUCAACAGUGGGAUAUCUUCGUUAACAAAGUGUCCUGCGUAAACAAUGCUGUGACAUAUCCAAGUGCUGCUUGUGCUGAACGAAAUACGAAUAUUUUUGCUGCUCUUGAGAAACUAGAGAGCAGACAAAUAUGUUCAGCUGCUCCACUGCAAUGUGAGGGAAGCAUGGAAGGUUACCAAAGAGAUCAAAACAGUACAGAACAUCUUUUGAAUGAUGUUGAAAGUCUCAAGCAUCAUUUAGCGCAGUUAAUAGUGCCAUUGUUAACAUUUAUUAAUAAUAUCGUCGCUAUGGGGAAUGGACAAGAAAAGAUGCUACAUAACUGUCAGGCAACAGUAAAUGUGAACCAAUUGUUUGCUGUUCUGAAUAAGAUGAGUACUAACUUGAAUUUUGUUAUAGAUUUAUUUGGUUCUCUGGUAAUGUCUGGUCACGAAGGCUUUCAGAACAUUCCGUUGCUGAGCAACAUCGCCCAUGACAUUAGUAAUAUAGAGAAGAAAGCACUCAUGCUUCUACACAUACAGUUAUGCAAAGACAAUUCUCCAGCUGAUUAUAGUGCAGACUAUGCGUUACUCAGAAGAGAGUUUGACAGGAAAAACAAUAUUGCAGAAGGAUUGUCUUUUGACCUCAAACUACUGCAAGAGUCUACCUCAAAUGCGAAAGAUAUGAAGGAUAAAGCUGAUGAAAUAUAUAUUGCUCUUAGCAAUGUUAAAAGAGAGCUUGACAUGAAAACUUCUGCAAUGGAAAACAUGUUGAAAAAACAAAAGGCACUUGAGGAAGAACUGGCUGAAAAUGGUGCUGGACUCAUAAUAUUAAGAUCAGAGUUAAAGCAAUCUCAAAGUUUAUCGUCAGAGCUGUUGAAGGAAAACAAAGAUCUGAGAGUGAUGCUGGAAGAGGAAACUGUCAGGAAUAGUGAAACUAAAGUGCUGUUGGAAGACAAAGUUAGGGUCAUAGAGGGAUUGGAGCGCCAAAUCCUAUUCCUAAAUUGUUCUGAAGCGGGACAGUUGAUGUCAGAUAUUGAAGAAUUAAAUAAUAGUCUUAAAAUAAUGAGUAGUGACAGGGAAAAUCUCCAAGCAGAGAUACCUCAGUUAAGGGACAAGCUUGAGAUAGCAACGUCUUUAGCUGAGGAACAUGAAGCUGCUGCUAUUGAAGGUCGUCAAACUGCAGAGAUAAGUAGAAUCUACGCAGAGGAGAAAGAGGAGGAGGUUAAGAUUCUUGAACGAUCUGUUGAGGAACUUGAAGCAACAAUAACUGUUCUCGAGGAAGAGGUAUGCAACCUUAAAGAGGAAGUAAGGAGCUAUCAACUACUUAAGCAAUCUGAGGCUGAAUUUCAAGCUGUUGGUGACAUGCUUGCUGUAGAAAACGCAUCAAAAUGUGAUGCCCCUGAGGAAUUGUGUCAAGGGAAAUGUCAUCUAGAAAAGAGAAUGCAAGCUGAGAUUAUUGCACAUCAAAAUGCUAAGAAGAAGAUUGAAGGUCUCAGAUUGGAAGCAAAACGUAAAGAUGAGGAGAUAAGGCAGUACAAAGAGCAUAUUGCUGAGUUGGUCCUGCAUUCAGAAGCACAAUCUUUGUUGUUUCAGGAGAAGUAUCAAGAAAUGGAGCAUAUGGUUUCUAAACAGAACUUUGGUCCACAUGAAUCUAGUUCUGAGACUGUCCGUGCCAAAAUUGAAAAGCCUUCAGGGCGAGCAAGAGGAUCUGGUUCACCUUUCCGGUGCAUAUCUAGCAUUAUUGAACAAAUGAACUCCGAGAAGGAUCAAGAAAUCUCAGUGGCACGCCAACGAAUUGAAGAGCUAGAAGGGAUGGUUAGUAGUAAACAGAAAGAGAUAUGUUUGCUAACAUCGAGACUGGCCUCUGUGGAUAGCAUGACACAUGAUAUUAUAAGGGAACUACUUGGGGUCAAAUUAGACAUGGCAAACUAUGCUAAUUUGCUUGACAAAGAAGAACUGCACAAGUUGUUAAUAGCAUCCCAGCAACAAAUUGAACAAUCAAAGUCGAAGGAUACAGAACUUGAGGUGCUUAAAGAACAACUUGGUCAUCUCAUUCUGGAAAGGGACAGCUUGCUUGAUGACAUGGACCAAAGAAAGACUGACCUAUUGGAGAGUCAACUACUCGUCGAACAGCUUGAGCAACGGGAGCAAAUGCUGGAAGCGCAGAUCAAAAUGUUUCAGGUGGAGAAGGACAACCUUCAACAGAAGAUCAUGGAAAUGGACGAGACGAUUGAAUUGCUAGUUGGAUCAAAUAAACCGAAUACAACUCUACGAAUGGGCGAUAACCACCAUCAUCCUGGCAGCAGUGAGUUCAGCAGGAAGCUAGCCCAGUCGGACAUGCUCCUCUUCCAUGCGAGACAUGAACAUUCUCGCAGCCACGCGACCAGAAGCUCGAGGACGCAUCGUGGCAGGCAUCAGUGAAGGCCGGCCGGUGCGCAAGCCAUCAGACACUGCUUGUGUUUGUAGAUUGGCAGCGGCGGGGCGACACCUCGGACUUGGGACUGUACCGAUUAUUUUGGAAGCUGUAAGGUCGGGAUGGCGAGGACUAGAAGAAACCUUUCCUCGUCUAUAAGAUUUGCACGUCUGUAAAUUCGAUGUAUUUUUGCUAUGUUUGUGUUGCUUUUGUGUAGAAUUUCCCUUGUAUGUUCUCCCUCUACAUCUAUGUGGUAGAUUCCGGCGUUCUCUGGAACGACCAAAUAACAUAAUCUCACUGAGACCCAUUGCUACA